AUGUUUUUCUUGAAGAAAUUGUUACUUUCUAGGCAUGGCAACGAACAUCUGCCUCAGGAGGUCCUCAACUUUCGACUGGUUUAUGGGAUUGUUGUCUAUGGCUUCAUGGGCGCCGUACGUGGUCUAGAUGAAGGCCUCAUCGGAACAACCACAACUCUGCCAUCUUUCUCGCGACAAUUCAAGCUGGAAGAUCCGUCCUUGGACGCGGAUGCACAAGCCAACAGACUGUCAAACAUCACGUCGAUGGUACAGCUUGGAUCCAUUGCUGGGUCUCUCGUGGCAUUCUUCCUCACAGAUCGAAUUGGACGAGUAUGGGCAGUUCGAGAGCUCGUUGUUAUAUGGAUGAUUGGCAUCGCAAUCUACCUAGCCGCUGCAGCGAACGGCAGCCUAGGCAUGGUCAUCGCAGGUCGUUUCAUUGCAGGCAUUGGAAUAGGGCAGACAACCGUCGUAGGCCCGACAUACCUGGCUGAAAUCGCACCUGGUGCGUUUCGUGGCCUGGCCGUGUCGGUCUUCGCUGGCAUGGUCUACUUCGGAACUAUGUUGGCAUACUUCGCUGCUUGGGGCUCAUCGUUGCAUAUCAGCGACGACUCUCAACUGCAAUGGAUUCUUCCUAACUUGCUACAUGUCUACUUCGCAGCCCUGAUUGCUUUGGGAUCUUUCUGGUCGAUUGAGAGCCCCAGGUGGCUUGUCAAAGUCGGAAAAGUGCAAAAAGCUGGGCAAAAUCUUGCGAAAAUUCGCGAUCUGUCGGAAGAUCAUGAGUUCGUGACUGCAGAGAUGAAGGAUAUCAGUGACCAACUGGAACGAGAAGCAGAAGCCACGAAGAGCACAGGAUUCUUGGCGAGACUGAAGGAAUUCGUGGUCCCGGCACCCAAUCGAUACCGAUUGAUGCUCUCUGUCAUGACACAGCUUCUGAGCCAAUGGUCUGGGGCAUCAAGUAUCACCAUAUACGCACCACGCUACUUUGCCAUGAUCGGGACGUCCGGGACUGAAGGCCGUCUACUCGCAACAGCCGUGUUGGGAGCCGUGAAGCUCUCCACUGCCAUCAUAUGUGCAAUCUUCCUGAUCGACUGGAUUGGGCGCAAGAGAUCCAUGCUCGGUGGCAUCACAAUCCAAUCUAUCGCACUUCUCUAUGUCGCUCUCUUCCUUCAGAUCAGUGGAUCUGCUGAUAAAGCGGGAGUGUCUCAAUCUCCAAGCACCAAGCGAGCUGCCACCGGAGCUGUUGCUAUGAUAUAUCUCUCUGGCGUCGGUUGGGCGGCUGGUUGGAAUACUAUGCAGUACCUUAUGAGCGCUGAGACGUAUCCGCUGCAGCUUCGAGCGCUGGGAAGCUCUGUGGCUAUGGCUGUGCCUGAGAUGCUGAUCGGGCUCACAAAUCCUGGCACAAUGUUCUUCUUCGCAGCGGUGUCCGCAAUCGGGCUCCUGUGGGUGUGGUUCUUCGUGCCAGAGUUGAAGGGUAUGAGCUUGGAAUCCGUCGAUGCAGUGUUUGAGUUGCCAUGGUAUGUCAUUGGACGUAGAGGUCCUCAGCUGGUGCACGACCUGGAAGAUCAUGAAACGAUUGAACGCAUUGCGGAGGCCAAGGGCGAUGCUGUGACGAUCGAGCAUUCUGAGAAGGUAAAAGGCACGCAUUAG